AUGAAACGGGAUAAAUUUCCAGAAAGUGAAGAAUUGCUUCAGGAUUCCAAGAGGGCAAAAAAAAGUCUAAGCAAGAAGCAAAAUGGCCACAAGUCUAAGCCGAAGUCGGUAACGCCCAAAAAGACGAAAAAGAUAGUUAAACUGAGUUCCAAGACCGUGAAUUAUUCCCUCUGCAUACCCACCAGCAUACUGGACAACUGCUCAAAUCUGGAACAGAUUACCCACACAGUAUAUCAAAUCGCGAAGAGUGCAACAAUAUUUAAUGCUGCAGAAAUUGUGAUCUUGGACCUAGGCGAAAGAAAGAGUGCGAGAAAGAGUGCGCUUGACAAUCAAAGUGGCCAUAAACAAGCCACACAAACCAAGAUAAAGUUUGAUGAGGUCGCAGAAAAGCAAAGUGGCUCAUCAGUAGCAAGUGAAAGGCAAAAGGAGCAGAAGAAAAAACUCUCUCCAGCUAUGCUUAUCGCAUCGCUACUACAAUACUUUGUGACACCACCUUACUUAGUCAAUUCUGUUUUUAAGAAGAGCUAUCUUGAGUGUUUCCAGGUAGCAGCCAAGUUGCCUAGGCUAAGCGCUUUGCCUUUUAUGAGGCACCUGAAGGACGAUGAUGGCCGCUACAGAGAAGGUCUUGCCAUCAGAAUGCACAAGCCUGGCACCAGUAAGAAGGACACCAAGAAAAAGCCAUAUGAGCAAACAAAGUACAUCAACGUGGGCAAAGGUGAAAACCUAGAGCUGCGGGGCCAACUCGUGCCUGCGAAUGUCCGUGUUACUGUUGAUGUGAUCGAACGGAAGGUGGUGUCCCCAGAGGAGGCAUAUGGCGACUUCGUCGGUGCAAAGACAUCAUUUGGAUACCAUGUUAGGGUUGCAAACAAUUUUGCUGACGUUUUCACGGCUUGCCCGGCGCCUCAAGGUUACACUCAGACUGUUUGGGUCAAUAGUGGGGACUAUUACUUCAACCCGGACCUCAAGAAAACUAUCAAAAUUGACUCCAAGAUUCCUCACAUACAAAAGAUUAUUAAACCUAUGUCCGAAGAGGAUAUCGAAGUUAACAAUGCUGCUCCUGCAAAUCUUCUCGUCAUGUUUGGUAGGUGGAACCACAUCUCAGAUAGCUUCAAGCAAUCAAGAGAUCAGUUCGAAGGUUGCGAGGGCGCCUUCCAAUUCUUCGACGGUCAAUUAGAUCUUCCGGGUUCUUCUCCACUUGGUAAUAUUUGCAUAGAGGAUAGCUGCAUGAUAGCAUUGGCAACAUUCGCCAAUUAUUAG